GAAAACGAAUGGUUAGAUAUUCUUCAAGUACAAUAUUAGGGGCUCCAUUCACUUUUUCAUUUUUGAAACAAGGUUUUAAAAAAUCGUAUAGUGAUGCAGACAAUGCUUUAAAAAAUGUCGAUUUUGUAUUACUUGGUACCGGUUCAACAUAUAUGUAUCCCGAGUGUUUAAUAAGGAAGAUUCCUGUGGCAUACAUAAUGUUUUAUCCUUAUGCAAGUACUAAGAAUUAUACUGGGGCAGUUUAUGGUCGAUCUUUCGAUUCAUUGCAAUGGCUACCGUUUGAACUCAAUUUCACUAUAUGGAAAACUGUU